AUGACCUCCCUUCGUUUGUUUCUUUGCCUGUGCGGGCUACUUCUUGUGGGUGGAGUGAGUUCGCGGGAGAUAGAGCGUAACUCGGUCACAGCUGAUCAUGAUGGUGUCCGCAAUGAUGGUGACGAGAAGAACAUGCUACAGGAUCUAACCAAUGUUCUUGAACAUAUCGACCAGCAACUGGCAGAGCAACAGGAUGAUGGUGGAGAUGACGGUGGCGAUGGUGAUGGUAGUGACAGUGGAGAUGACGGAGGUGAUGAUGCCGGCAGUGAUGGCAAUGCCGAUGUUGAGUAUGACAACGGGGAUGUGCGUGAACAUGAUGAUGAUGAUGAUCUGGAUCAGUAUGACAUCAAUGAUGACAUGGAUGAGGAAGGCAGCGAUGAUGGUGAUGAUGUCACCGAGGAGGAUGGCAAAGCAGUUAGCAGUCGCUCCCCAGCACCACUGUUGGGCCGUCUCGUCAAGCGGGUUCUGCCGAAGAUCCGCCUUCCACGAAUUCGUCUGCGCCGCAUUCGCCUACCUCGCAUCCGUCUGCCACGCCUGCCCCGUAUCCGCAUUCCACGUCUGCCUCGCAUUCCACGUCUGCCCCGCUUUCCACGUCUGCCCCGCUUUCCACGUGUGUACUAUCGCAGGCGUAGAGUUUCUCCGCCUCGCAUCGUCUACUACCGACGCAGGCGCACACCCAGGCCUCCAUACUACGGCCGUGGCAAGAAAUGA